AUGAAUCCCUUCGCCCCCUUCGACGCGGAGAGUUACGCUCUGCAGCUGCAGAUUGACGAGAUCGAGGCUCAGCGUGCGAACCAAAAGGGCAAAUGGACAGCGGACAGGAUCCCGGAUUACGUUUUCGCAUUCGAUGCAUUCGAGGUCGAGCUCCGGAGGGCUACCUCCAUCACUCGGGACCACAAGCUCGCCCACAGCAUCGCCAGAGCCGUCGACGCCGACGCCGCAGCCAUCGAGGAGCUUGUGAGGCAGGAGAGGCAGGCCGGCCACGACCACGAUAUUGCCCUCCAACUGAACCGGAACGAUGCUCCUCCAGCCCGAGAGACCGAGGCUGUAUCCGAGGAUACCUCUCGUCCGGCAUCCGAUCCCGUCGACUGGAGCUUGGUCUGGAAAGCUUCCGGGGCAGCCACGCUCAGCACGCAGACGCCCAGCACCACGGCCGGUCCGUCAGCCGACUACGCGCUCCGCCAGGAGGCCGUACACGACCACCUGCGGGAGCUAAAGGUCGAGUGCAGCGUCUGCUCGGACAUGGUACAGCCCCAUGCCGGCGUGCGGCUGGAAUGUGACGACCUGUACUGCCGGCCAUGUCUGAAGGCCUUCCUGAUGCGCGUGGCAGCGGACGAGACGCUGUACCCGCCUAAGUGCCACCGGAAGCCCAUCGACGCGUACGUCAUCGAGGCGGAGCUGUCUUCGGAGGAGCUGGCCGCCUACAGGACCGCCGAGAUGGAGUUCACCAGCACCGACAGGCUGUACUGCGCCGACCCGACGUGCGCCAGGUUCAUACCGAUGGCCGAGCGCGGCAGGGACCGCGCUUCGUGUCACGUAUGCCGCACGGAGACGUGCACGCACUGCAAGGAGGCGGCCCACCAUGGGGCAUGCGCGGCGGAUGAAGAGAGGAACAGCCUCAAGAAGUUUGCCGCACAGGUAGGCUGGCAGUCCUGCUUCGGCUGCGGCGAGAUGGUCUCGCGGGACGAAGGUUGUGACCACAUGACAUGCCGCUGCCGCGCCGAGUUCUGCUACCAGUGCGGCACGCAGUGGAAGCGUUGCUCGUGCAGCGACUGGGCACCCGACAUGCUGGACCAGAGAGCCCGCCAGGUAGUGGACAGGGAGGCGCAGGAACCCAUGGUGCCCGCUAUGCGUCGCCAGCGCGUGGAGCGGAUGGCGCGCGAGCUGCAGGCUAAUCACGAAUGUGAACACCUCGGCAGGUUCAUGAGACUCGAUUACAGACGCCGCGGCUAUGGCUGUGAGAUGUGUGGCGCGAGGCACUACAAGUACAUCCUAUCCUGCAGGCAUUGCCACAUGUUGGCGUGCGAGGACUGCCGACGCUACAGAAUCUAG